AUGUCUGGCAAUGACGCACCCCGACAGGCAUCAAAUACUAAAUCACGAGAAUAUCGCUUGAAGCUCUGCAAUGCACCUUACUACGACGUGAUCCCGAAUGAUACAUGGGUGUUAACACCAGAAGGGAUUUCAGGACCUUACGUAUACCCACCUUCUCAGACCCUUUGCCAAGAUAUAACAGAAAAUCAGCCAGGUGUACCCUUGUGGCUUGACAUUGGUAUCAUUGAUAUGGAUACAUGCGAUCCUCUCAGUGAUUUUUUGGUUGAUAUAUGGCACUGCAAUGCCACAGGAUCAUACUCCAGUUUCACAGGCCUUUCGCCCAAUAUACCAUUCCCACAACUCCUACAGGAACUGAAUAUCUCUAACUGUCAGAUGGGACUCACUGAUAUUCAUACUGAUCGCUCUACCUGGCUACGAGGACUUUGGCCCACUGAUAGCCACGGGAUUACGGCAAUGAAAACUAUUUUUCCCGGAUUUUAUGACGACCGUUCGAUUCACAUUCACGUUCAGGUACAUCCUAGCUGGAAGCUGCGUGAGAAUGGAACAAUCGUUACCGGUAACACUAUCAGCACUGGACAGAUCUAUUUCCCGGAGAAGGUUUCUGCGGCAAUCAUGGCACUUGAGCCCUAUGCGUCCCACACGCAGAUUGCUCGCAUAAAAAACGCGGAGGACCCUUUAUUUUCAAUGGAUUCGGCGGGUGGAUUUAAUCCUAUUAUCCAUAUCGUCCCUGUUGAUCAGAAAAGUGUAACACAGGGGAUGGUUGGGUAUAUCACUCUUGGUGUGGAUACAACACUUAUUAGGAAUGGUAGCCAACCAUGGGAAAGUGGAAGAAAGCUGGAUACUAGACUGAUAUGA